GAGGACUUCGAAUUCGGAUGCCAUUUGGUCACAACAACAAGACAGAUAUUUAGCCCUUAUCGUAAAUUGCAUUCUGUUCAUUUCUUUUCAAGUGACGAGCAUCAUGAUUAGACGUGCUAGCUGCAUUCUUUGGCGUCAAAGACACUUUUGCACCACCCAAAAUCUGCUAAAUGUGGGACAUUUCCAGAGCAAUUACAGUUUGAACAAAUUAUAUCCACACAGUGAGCAAGACAUCACAAUUUCAUGUAGAAAAUCACAUGAGACUGCAGAUCAGAAAAUUGAGUCAAAGUUCAGUGGACAAAUUCCAGUUGAUAAAUUGCUUGUAAAGUACAGCAGGAGUGGUGGAGCAGGGGGUCAAAAUGUACAGAAAGUGGAAACAAAGGUGGAUGUCCGGUUUCUUGUUGCUACAGCAGAAUGGCUGCCUCAGAAUGUGAGAGAAAAAUUGCAAGUUCAGCAAAAAAAUAAAAUCAACAGCAGAGGUGAGAUGGUGAUUGUGUCAGAGCGAACGAGAUCACAGAUCAGGAACUUCAGCGACUGUCUUCAAAAGAUCCGAGAUAUGGUAGCGGAGGCAGAGCGAAAACCUAAAGAGCCCAGCGAAAAGGACAAGGCUGUCAGGAGAAUAAGGGUGGAAUCUGCAAACAGAGAGCGAUUAAGAGGGAAGAAGGCACACUCUGCUACCAAGCAUGAAAGACAAGUCUCCUUCGAUGAUUGAAUGACAUAGGUGAACAGUUCGUGGAAAACCCAUUGAAUCAAUCAACACUGUAGGAGGGACUUUCAGACAAAAAAACAUUUUUCAGGAAACAAAGAUCGGAUGCACUGAAGUGAGCUUGGAAUAUGUUUGUUUUGUAUGAGAGAUGGAUUUCUCAAAAUGUCUGAGCAGCAAGGAUUGUACGAGCAAAAAAAAAAUCUCUGGGAUGACAACAAAAACACUGGAUGACAACGCUCGAUGCCAGGACCCCCGAAGCCAAUUAUUAUGAAAUUCUUUUCAACUUUCUUUUUUCUGAUUCUAAUCUCUUUUUUUUGGGGGGGGGGGGAGGAGGUCUUAGGGUUGAUAAUACAGAUGAAAAUUGAUCAUUUCUAGGGAGAUUGUAUGUACUAUUUACAGACAUCAUUAAAACUAACUGAAGUAUUUGACAUGUCUUUGGUAUGUUUUUGAUGGAUUAUAUUAUUCAUAUACUUCCACUGUACAUGUA